AUGGAGGAGAACAAAAUAAUACCACAAAAGAAACACCAUUUUGGAGCUUCCAAAAUCCCCAUACUUGUACAGCAUUGUUGUCUUUUUCUCUUCAUCUUCACCAUCUUCACUACUUCCCAAGCUUUUGAUUAUGCUGAUGCGCUUUCAAAGAGCCUCCUCUACUUUGAAGCACAACGCUCUGGGAGGUUACCUUACAAUCAACGUGUCACUUGGCGCGACCAUUCUGGCCUCACUGAUGGCCUAGAACAAGGGGUGGACUUGGUAGGAGGGUAUUAUGAUGCAGGUGAUCACGUGAAGUUUGGUCUACCAAUGGCGUUCACCGUGACAAUGCUCUCAUGGGGUGCCAUAGAGUAUUGGGAAGAAAUUGCAGAUGCAGGUGAGCUAGAACACACUUUGGAGGCAAUCAAAUGGGGCACUGAUUACUUCAUCAAAGCUCACACUAGCCCAAAUGUGUUAUGGGCAGAGGUGGGUGAUGGUGACACUGACCAUUAUUGCUGGCAACGCCCAGAGGACAUGACAACCUCACGGCGAGCUUUCAAGAUAGAUGAGAACAAUCCUGGUUCAGAUCUGGCUGGAGAAACUGCAGCGGCUAUGGCAGCUGCUUCCAUUGUGUUCAGGAAAACAAACCCACAUUACUCAACCUUACUUCUACACCAUGCCCAGCAGUUGUUUGAGUUCGGGGACAAGUAUAGAGGAAAUUACGAUGCUAGUGUUGGAGUGGUGAAGAGCUACUAUGCGUCGGUGAGUGGAUACAUGGAUGAGCUGUUGUGGGCAGCCACGUGGUUGUAUAAGGCCACCGACAAGGAAGAGUAUUUUGAGUACGUCAUUUCCAAUGCUGACACCUUUGGUGGCACUGGUUGGUCCAUUUCAGAGUUCAGCUGGGACGUUAAGUAUGCUGGUAUCCAAGUCAUAGCCUCUACGUUUUUAAACGAAGCAAAGCACAAGAAGCAUGGUGAUAUACUUGAACAAUAUAGAUCAAAAGCAGAGUACUAUAUAUGUUCAUGUCUCAACAAAAACAAUGGCAGCAAUGUAGAAAGAACCCCAGCUGGAUUACUGUAUGUCAGACAGUGGAACAACAUGCAAUACGUUUCAACAGCAGCGUUUAUGCUCACAUUAUAUUCUGAAUAUCUCCAAAACACAAAUCAAAAGCUCAGCUGCCAUGGGGGCACUGUGGAUCAUGAAGAAGUUUUCAGCUUUGCUAAAUCACAGGUUGAUUACAUCUUGGGCUCUAACCCAAUGAACAUGAGCUACUUAGUGGGGUAUGGUCCUAGCUACCCUAAAAGGGUACAUCAUAGAGGGGCAUCCAUUGUGUCAUACAAAGAGAAUAAAGGGUUCAUAGGGUGUACACAAGGGUAUGAUAACUGGUACGGUAGCCAGGCACCUAAUCCUAAUGUUCUGAUUGGGGCUUUGGUUGGAGGGCCUAAUUGGCAAGACAAUUUUGAGGAUCAAAGGAACAACUUUAUGCAGACCGAGGCUUGCACAUAUAAUACUGCCCCCUUAGUUGGUGUUUUUGCAAAGAUAUUGCAUAUAGAGAACCAAAAAUUGGAAGAUGAUUGUGAUUCACUUUUGGUUGCUUCCUUUAAAUAA